ACGAUCACCAGUGAGUGGGAAGCGAGCCGCCAGCCAUCAGAGAAGCUUUCAGCGCCUUCACGACUGCCGCAUAUGAGUGGAUUCAUGCCCGGUAAUAACGCGUACCACAAAGGCAAACCUGACACAGAAGCAAUCCAAGCAGAGUGUUGUGCUGUCGUAUCUGAAAAUGAGAUGCCUGUACAAUGCGCUCUAGAGCUCUUCUCCGGAUUCCUCGAGUCGAUUGCAAGCCAAAUCACGCAAAUCGGCGGGGACACCUAUGACUUCUCUUCCGAAUUUGCCCAAACGUCGGAACCGAAGAACCGUAGGGAUAUCCGGUAUCGAUACCCCGGAAAACUCAUGGCCAACACUGUGCUGUUGUCAAUAUCACAAAGUUUGGUUGAUGCCGGCAUCGUAGACUGCAUCGAGGAAGCAAAUACGGUUGUCAUACCCCCCUUCGCGCGGCGCGGCCUGCUCCCGAAAGAACCUUCGAGGGGACUCGUGAAGUUUCUUACAGACCAUGAUCAGAUUGCGUUGGAUGAGUAUUGGAUAGCGGUGGACGAUGUUGAGGGUCCAUCCGGAAGCAGUUCAGUUGGCCGUGCGCGCAGUUCUUCUCCCGCUUCAUCUGAGCGAGAAGCAACACCUGGGCGAGAAGCGCCAUGAGUUCCUUUUGUCACGGAGGUAGCAAGCUAGGUGAACUGAUUCAUCAUGAUCAGGCCCGGGGCAUACUCCCUCGCGCUUUCCUCCUCCAUGUCCCUUCCCCUUUCGGUGUUCCGCCUUGCGCACACUGCAAAAUUUCUCAAGGCGUCGAGAUUUCCCGUCUCUCUCCCGUUUCCCCUCCCUUUCCCCUCCCU